GGGGUCCCUAGGAGAAGAGGCUCGAGGCCAGAACUGGAUAUUAACGGUCCCGGUCCGGCGGUGUCCGGAGCCGGGUGGCCGAGCUGCGGUCCAGGAGAAGGAGCGGAUGUAGGCAAAGCCUCCCACCCACCCGCGAUGUGUCGACUGGGGGUCCUGCUGCUGCUGCUCACCUCAGCCUUCGUGUCCUCUGCUGCCCCGAUCCAUGAUGCCGACCCUCAGGAGGGCUCCUCCGGGUUUCUGGGUCUUCAGAGUCUUCUUCAAAGCUUCAGCCGACUGUUCCUAAAAGAUGACCUACUGCGAGACCUGGACAACUUCUUCUCCUCCCCCGUGGACUUCCGGGACCUUCCCAAGAACUUCCAUCAGGAAGAGAACCAGGAGCACAGAAUGGGGAACCAUACCCUCUCCAGCCACCUGCAGAUAGACAAGGUGACCGACAACAAGACAGGGGAGGUGCUCAUCUCUGAGAAGGUGGUGGCCUCCAUUGAACCAGAGGCGAACACAGAAGGGGACUGGAAGGUACCCAAAGUGGAGGAGAAGGAGACCCUGGUGCCUGUGCCGAAGGCCAUAGACAGUUUGCACCCCGAGCCCCGGCGGGUGGCUUUCUGGAUCAUGAAGCUGCCAAGGCGGAGGACCCAGCCUGAUGUGGAGGAUGGGAGCCACUGGCUCAUAGAAAAGCGACAUCGCCUGCAGGCCAUCCGGGAUGGGCUCCGGGGGGGCGCCCAUGAGGACAACUUUGAGGAAGGGGUCCAUGUCCCCCAACAUGCCAAGCUGCCUAUACGAAAGACACACUUUCUCUACAUCCUCAGGCCAUCCCAGCAGCUAUAGGGUGGGGACUGGAUGUCCCUGCAUGUCUUCACCCUACCCCAGCACCAUAUGGAAAUAAAGGUUUUCUUACGUCUAACAUUA